AAAUGCUCUCUUCUUUCCCAACCAAAAUCUCCUUAUAAUCACCUCGACCACGCCCCAUACCCAACAAAACUCCCAACCCCUUAGAAAUUUCGCACUACAAUGACUUCACUUCCCUACUGAAAACCUCAAACCCACUUCAAAUGUCCUCCCUCCCAAAACCCUAACCCCAUUCCUCCCUUACAGCCCUCAACUAUGGCCUAGAAAAUCGCACACCUUUUCCGUCUAAUUCGGAUUUUUUCUUUUCGGAUAUGGGGGCGUCGCUUUCCAACGGGUCGGGUCCGGGCCCGGGUCUGGGCGACAUCCCCGAGAGCUGCGUCGCCUGCGUCUUCAUGUACCUCACUCCGCCGGAGAUUUGCAACCUCGCACGGCUCAACCGCGCCUUCCGCGGCGCCGCGUCGUCCGACGCCGUCUGGGAAUCGAAGCUGCCCACUAAUUACCAUGAUCUGCUCGAUUUGCUCCCGCCGGAGAAGUACCUCAGCCUCUCCAAGAAGGACAUCUUUGCCCUCCUCUCUCGCCCUGUGCCCUAUGACGAUGGCAAUAAGGUGUUAUGGAUAGACAGGGUCACCGGAAGAGUUUGCAUGUCGAUUUCGGCCAAGGCGAUGGCGAUAACAGGGAUUGAGGAUCGGCGGUAUUGGAAUUGGAUUCCUACUGAAGAAUCAAGGUUUCAUGUUGUAGCUUAUUUACAACAAAUAUGGUGGUUUGAGGUGGAUGGGGUUGUAAAGUUCCCUUUUCCUGCAGAUGUCUACACCCUGUCUUUCAGGCUUCACAUUGGAAGAUUUGCAAAAAGGUUGGGACGGCGUGUUUGCAACUUUGAGCACACCCAUGGUUGGGAUAUAAAGCCAGUUCGAUUUGAGUUGUGGACUCCGGAUGGUCAGCAAGCAUCAUAUGAAUGCUGCUUGGAUCAAAUUGAACAUGAUGAUGCCUAUGGCAAUCAUAAGCGUGGAUGCUGGGUUGAUUACAAGGUUGGUGAGUUUGUCGUCACUGAUGCUGACCCCGUGACAGAAGUUAGAUUUUCCAUGAAACAGAUUGAUUGCACACAUUCCAAAGGCGGGCUAUGCGUCGAUUCUGUUUUUAUUAUACCCAGUAAUUUGAAAGAGCGGAAGAGAAAAGGGAUUUUGAAGUAGCCAAAGUCAAACAUGGAAGUUGUUAAUUCAAAUGAAUGAUCCCACAGGAUUCAAGCUGGGAUUUGUGUACACCAUAUACUUCUGAAUGCAUAAGAUGCUCCAGAGGAGAUAUCAUCUCAUUUGUUUUUUUUUUUUGCAGUAUGGUCAUGUAACUUCCACUUUCAUGUACCUGAUCCAGUUUUGUUCAAUUCUCUAUACCUUGCAGGUUAGAAUUAGAUUAAGGGAACAUACUUUUGUAUCACCUUGUCUUUUGUUUCCUCACUGUAAAGCAUCUUUGUUACUUAGAUGUGAUGUCAAUUUACACCGUCUUUUCGUUGGUUA